UUCGUCAGUAAACGGGUCUGUCUUCCAAGUCUAAGUAAAAAUUGAAGUCGCAAAACAAGUUGGGUUUCCUUCCCAUCCCAAGCUGUGCAGAGAGGAACAACAAUCUUCAUCUUUAUUCCCAUUUAUUGAUUAGAAUUAAAAUAAUACUAUAUGCGACUUAACUUAUUCUCUUUUUGCUAGGUGGGGUUAAGAAACCACAAUUUUGAGGAGUGAGGCUUGGUACGAUUUUCCUUUUCUUUUAGGACCUGGGUAUUUUUCUCUGGGAAAUUUCAUCGAACACCUAACACACAACUACCUUCUCCAGUCACCACGUGGCUGUCCUAGCACCGUCUAAACCCCACGUGUCUCGGACUCAAUUUCAUAUACCCGCCAUCUUCAUACCUCCCACAACCGUCACCCACGCUUCAACAAUGCACCGUUUCAAACAAUCUCUUCACUUCUUCAAACCAAACGCUUACAGAUGCUUCUCCACUCAGCUCGAAAAUGCGGGCCCCAUGGCAACCCAUCUCAAGACCCGAUCCGUUAUCCGAUUUACCGGACCCGACACCGUUAAAUUCCUUCAAGGUCUCGUUACCAACGAUGUACGGAGGUUAGGGGACCCACAAGAUCAGGAUAGGACUACCUUGGCCACUUCGAAUGUCCCGUUCGUUUCGGUUCCGCCGGUGUAUGCAGCUCUUUUGACUCCUCAAGGGAGAUUUUUGUAUGAUAUGUUCUUGUACAGGCCGCCUCGGCCCGAUGAGAAGCUUGAUCGGACUGGUUCUGGGCCGGGCCCUGAUCCCGGGGAGCUUGAAUUGUUUGCAGAUGUCGAUGGUUCUGAAUUGGAUGAGCUUCUGCAGAUAUUGAAAAAGUAUAGGUUGAGGUCUAAGGUUGAUAUGGAGAGCGUGGCUGAUGACUUCUGUUGCUGGCAGAGGUUUGGCCAAAAUUUAGAUCACAAAUCCUCUGUAGAGCCAGAGGCUGCCUCCCUUGGAUGGGGUGGUGGGUUUGAUCGCUCUGGCCAGUCAUCUGCACAAGGGAACAAUCGUGGGUGGCUAUGGUAUAGAGAUCCCAGAUUAGAUUGUCUUGGAUUCAGGGGUAUUUUUCCUUCCAAUAUAACACCACCUUUGGUUGAGGCAGACAAAGAGACAAAUGAAGAAAAUUAUCUUCUCUGGAGGUUGGAGAAGGGAGUUGCAGAAGGAUCAGCUGAGAUUCCUAAAGGAGAAGCUGUCCCUCUCGAGUACAAUCUAGCUGGUUUAAAUGGAAUAAGCUUUGAUAAAGGAUGCUAUGUGGGCCAAGAACUCAUUGCUCGCACACAUCACCGUGGGGUCAUUCGAAAACGUUUGCUUCCCCUUAAGUUUGUGAAUGACAGUGGAAAAGAGGUGGAACAAAAAGUUGCUCCAAGGUCAGAAGUAGUUGAUGCAUCGUCUGGAAAGAAAGCAGGAACUGUCACAACUGCCCUUGGAAGCCGUGGUUUGGGUCUUCUGCGCUUAGAUGAAGCCUUUAAAGGCUCUUUAACAAUACGGGAUCUGGACGAUGUCAAGGUCCAGGCAAUUAAACCAGAGUGGUGGCCUGCUGAGUGGUUAUUAGAUCAUCAAGAGCAGACUGCAGCUGCUUAGAUAUCCUGUUUACUGACUGCUUGCAUCCUGCCAAGGUUGGCAAAUAACCCAUUUCAAAUUUCAGGGUUCCUUUUUUGAAGAUUACCAGUACACUAAAUAUGAGGAACAGAAGGAAUAAGACCAGUUCAUCAGACGACAGAGUUCUGUAGUAGCAAUUGUUGUUUUGUUGUACAAAUAAAUCUCUUUUAUUGACUAGGAUGUUCCCCGUCUUGGUCCCCUUCUAUUUAAGCAAACAUUGUCGAUCUUAGGAUCUAAGAUCACGAUGUAUGUGAACAGUUUGAAAUUCCAGUUGCUGUUAAUAAAAACUGUUUGCUUCUUAACCUUAA